AUGGAGUGUCUCUCAACUGAACUCCUCUCCAUGAUCGCUGCCGAAGCUGCAGCAUCCGGACCACAAAUUGACAUCAACAAAGUCUUUGAUGUCUGGAACUCUGACGACACGUUGAAAGUUCCCCGAACAUUAUCACGAGAUAAUUCCCUUGCUCCAUUCGCCACUGUUUCACGCAAUUGGCAACUCGCUUUUGAACCCUUUACUUUUCACACACUUGUCAUCUCGCCGAAGAGGCUAGUCGAGGCGGUACAAUACGGGUAUCUCACUGAACGACGGCUGGGGUAUGUCCGCUUUAUUGCAGUUCCUAUCACCUUUCCGCUUCCGCGGCCGUGGGAUACUCCCAUUGUAUUCCCUCCUGAACUAGAUGCAAGAAAGGAAUUUGUGAGAGCUAGAGAUGAUACCGACGAUGUUUCAUCUGAGGAUGAGGUGGACGAAAAUGACGAAGGCGACGUUGAUGACGAUGACGGUGACUAUAUUUCUAACGUAAUCGACUUCCCACAUCCAAAAGACAGAGGCUACGAUAAAACCUUCGCCAAAAUCAUAAGAAUUCUCUUCAACGCCCUCAAAUUGGCUCCUGUCCACGAGAAUAAACGACCAUACAUCAACAUACGCCUCGGUUUCCCAGUCCCCCAGGAAUACGGAUUGAGCCGCAUUUCCAGCCCUGAAGAAAUGGAAGCAAAUACCCUAGAGGGGCCUUGGCUUACAACUGCCUAUCUUGAUCUGGACCAACAAAACGAAGAGCUACCAGAGUUACCGGCGAUAGCUUCAUGCAGUUUUGAAUUCGUAUCAUGGAGCUUAUGCUUCGAACCUCACACGGCAUGCACCAUUGCAAGCAAGAUGCCAUGUCUAAAGAAACUCAAAAUUCAUCUUAGUGAUAGGGAGUGGAAAGAUCAGUGUCUCAGAAAUGUGCUGAGAAAGAAGCUCGCAAGUUCGCUGUCUAUCUUGCCACACAGCAUCUGCGAUUUCGAUUUUCAUUAUUCACGAGGUAUACCCCGGGAUCACUCACACAUGCCCACGAGUAUACUAGAUCCAGAAGAAAACUGCGAUCACCUUAGCCAAGCGCUCUUCAACUUCUCGCAGCGAGAGAGCAUCAUCCGAUUCUCAGCAAAGGGAAGCUUCGAAUUGAGCAUAAUGGGGCCACCACCAGAAGCUCUAUCUACCAGUCCCGGCUGUUCCAAACUCGAAUACUACGAGAUCGGCUUUCUUGCAAUAUCCCCCGCGGGAAAGUGGCUCGCGGUACCCUAUAAGGACGAUCCGAACGCUGACAUUUUCAAAACUAAACGAUGGGGUGCACCGAGUGAGCGGUCGCGAGGUUAUUUCUCAAGUUUCAACGUCAAUGAAUUCAGAGGUCCAAUUGAUCCAGACUACGCACAUGAACUACUCUGUGCUGCAGGACAGGCAGCUUCUCACAUGCCCCGGUUACAACGAAUGGGUAUCAAUGUUGGUGUAAUCGGGGGAUACAGAGUCUCUUACACCAGCGCCAAAGUUGAGCCUUGUAUCAGAAUUGUCGGAAAGAAGUUUCAGCCACCGAUGGAAGACAUGCUUCGAGUUUGGCGUCGCGUAGCACAUGAGCAUGGCCAGAAAUUCGUCCUUCGAUGGAAGGAUACAGCCAGGAUAAAGACAAGAAAGGAAACAUUCGAAUAA